GAGAUGAGCCUCACACUCCCUGUUUAUCUCUUAUCUCUUAUCUCUUAUCUAUUACCACUCCUGCAAGCUGCGGCAGAGCAAUGCUGCAUUCAAUUCCGGCGAAUGAAUCUGUGAUUUCAGGCUGGUUCCGGCGGUCGAAUGGGCAAAUCUCCCCUCUCCUUCUUCAACCAUUUCGGACCAAAUUCCAGACCCGUUUCCCAAUCACUUGCUCCUUUACUUCCUCCGGUUGGAGCUCGAGGGGAGGAUUCAAGAGGCACGUAGUCGUCCAAGGAGCCCAUCCCGAGUCGGACCAGGAAGCGGAAGACCAAGAAGAGUUUCGAGUAAUGGCGGCUGUGAGGAGCGAGUACAACGACAUUGUCAUCGUCGACACCGCGAGAUCCCGGUUCCUGUUGCUGGACUCCACGCACAACGUUCACAGCACGGUGAACAAAGGGGAGGACAAAUGGACCGGUUCCUACUGGGAUGAGUUCGCAAGCCUGCCGGCCAUAGUCCCCGAAGGCUCCCCCAUCGCCAUCUUCGGAUUGGGGGGCGGGACUGCUGCUCACCUGAUGCUGCAGCUGUGGCCUUGGUUGCGGAUCGAAGGGUGGGAGAUCGACAAGGUUCUGAUCGACAAGGCCAGGGAGUACAUGGGGCUCUCUGAGUUGGAAAAGCCUAAUGGAGCAGGCGGGAUGCUCAGCGUUCACGUCGGCGACGUCCUCUCUCCUCGGGCAAAGGUUGAUGGAGGAUAUUACGCGGGAAUCGCAGUGGACUUGUUCGCGGGAGGCAGGGUAUUGCCGCAGUUGCAGGAGGUCGAGACUUGGUUGGAGUUGAAGGAGAGGUUGAUGCCCAGCGGCCGCAUCAUGGUGAACUGCGGUGGGAUCGAUGACGUCAAUCCCACGGGAAUCACUAGAGAGUGGGAGCGGAAUUCCACAAUCAGGGCAAUGUCAAGCGCCUUCCCUGGAGAGUUGAGCUGGAGAAGAAUGGCACAAGCGGAAGGUGAAAACUAUCUAGCCCUCACGGGACUUUUGCCUGAUCUCGACCUGUGGUCUGCCAGAGUCCCCGGCCGUUUGAGCAACAAUGUCCGAGAAUGGAGGCCUUGCAUUUGACUCAUCCCGCAUCUGAUUAGACCAAUGCAAGCAGAGGACCUUAACAUCGAAUGAUCUCGAUCUAUAUUCCUCUGUAGCGGCAGCUCCUCUGUCUUUAUUCAAAUUCAUCUUUGCUUGAAUGCACCACCCAUCAGUAAGGUAAAUGGUACUGGAUGCCUCCUUCACCACUCAUACUGGCUUCCACAGUGGAAUGAUUCGAAGUCGCAGUGGUUGAUGGCAAUGUUGCGCUCUUAACUGUCUUCUAUGGUGCCAAAUUUGCAAGACUCCGGCUUCCUGCAGCCAAGCGCGCAGAGAGCAAGAGCAAGAGAGAGAGAGAUUUAUACCAGCUAGGGUUCUUGACAUAUAAGUAUAGUCCAAGCUAGAGACAGAUUGAUGAGGUUUUUCGCUAGCCUUAGUUCCUUA